AUGGAUGAAUCCACCCCAGCUAAAAAACUGGACAAAACACAGAGUAAAGCACCUGUUAACCCUUACAAACCUCCCAUACCUUUUCCACAGAGGCUGGAAAAGCAGAAGUUGGAGCAGCAAUGCAAGAAAUUUUUUGAAGUUUUUAAGAAACUCCACAUCAACAUCCCACUCGCUGAUGUAUUAUUCCAGAUGCCUAGCUACUCAAAGUUCCUAAAGGACAUACUAUCAAAUAAACACAAGUUAGGGGAUCACGAAACAGUAAUGCUAACAGAGGAAUGCAGCGUCGGAAUUCAGAAAAAUCUCCCACAAAAAUUAAAAGAUCCAGGGAGUUUUACUGUUCCUUGCACUAUUGGUGAAGUUCAUUUUGAUAAGGUUUUGAAACUUGGCUUGGGAGAGGCUAAGGCGACUACUGUAAUGCUACAGCUAGCUGACAGAUCGUUAACACAUCCAAGGGGAAUAAUUGAAGAUGUGCUUGUCCAGGUGGAAAAAUUUAUAUUCCCUACGGAUUUCCUAAUCUUGGACAUGGAAGAAGACAAAGAUAUUCCAUUGAUACUGGGCAGACCAUUUUUGGCAACAGGAAGAGCCUUGUUCAACGUUCAGAACGGGCAACUGAUAUUGAGAUUGGAAGAAGAGUAG